CGGUCGCUCCGCGCUGUCUGUCCGUCCGUCCGUCCACAUCGGCUCUCAGGACAGAGGCCCGGCGGCCCACGGGGACCCGGCCGCUCGCACCCGGCGCUAGCGCAGCGCGGCCCGUGGGGCUUCAGCGGGAGAAACAGUUGGGACCCCUGACUUCAGCAGGAUGGCCCAAUGGAAUCAGCUCCAGCAGCUGGACACACGGUACCUGGAGCAGCUGCAUCAGCUCUACAGCGACAGCUUCCCCAUGGAGCUGCGACAGUUCUUGGCACCAUGGAUCGAGAGUCAAGAUUGGGCCUAUGCAGCCAGCAAAGAGUCACAUGCUACGUUGGUGUUUCAUAACCUCUUGGGUGAGAUUGACCAACAGUAUAGCCGCUUCUUGCAAGAGUCCAACGUCCUCUACCAGCACAACCUGCGAAGAAUCAAGCAGUUCCUGCAGAGCAGGUAUCUUGAAAAGCCAAUGGAGAUUGCCCGGAUUGUGGCCAGGUGCCUGUGGGAAGAAUCCCGCCUCCUCCAGACAGCGGCCACUGCGGCCCAGCAAGGGGGCCAGGCUAACCAUCCUACGGCCGCUGUGGUGACAGAGAAGCAGCAAAUGCUGGAGCAGCACCUUCAGGACGUUAGGAAACGUGUGCAGGAUCUAGAACAGAAAAUGAAAGUGGUAGAGAAUCUCCAGGAUGAUUUUGAUUUCAACUAUAAAACCCUCAAGAGUCAAGGAGACAUGCAGGAUCUGAAUGGAAAUAACCAGUCUGUGACCAGGCAGAAGAUGCAGCAGCUGGAGCAGAUGCUCACGGCUCUGGACCAGAUGAGGAGAAGCAUUGUGAGUGAGCUGGCAGGGCUCUUGUCUGCCAUGGAGUACGUGCAGAAAACACUCACAGACGAGGAGCUGGCUGACUGGAAGAGGCGGCAACAGAUUGCGUGCAUCGGAGGCCCUCCCAACAUCUGCCUAGACCGUCUGGAAAACUGGAUAACCUCAUUAGCAGAAUCUCAACUUCAGACCCGCCAACAAAUUAAGAAACUGGAGGAGUUGCAGCAGAAAGUUUCCUACAAAGGGGAUCCCAUCGUACAGCACCGGCCAAUGCUGGAAGAGAGAAUCGUGGAACUGUUUAGAAACCUGAUGAAAAGUGCUUUUGUGGUUGAACGGCAGCCCUGCAUGCCCAUGCACCCCGACCGACCCUUGGUCAUUAAGACCGGUGUCCAGUUUACCACAAAAGUCAGGUUGUUGGUCAAAUUCCCUGAGUUGAAUUAUCAGCUUAAAAUUAAAGUGUGCAUUGACAAAGACUCCGGCGAUGUCGCAGCUCUCAGAGGAUCCCGGAAGUUUAAUAUUCUGGGCACAAACACAAAAGUGAUGAACAUGGAAGAGUCCAACAAUGGCAGCCUCUCUGCAGAAUUUAAGCACUUGACACUGAGGGAGCAAAGGUGUGGGAACGGAGGUCGCGCCAACUGUGAUGCCUCCUUGAUUGUGACCGAGGAGCUGCACCUCAUCACCUUUGAGACUGAAGUGUACCACCAGGGCCUCAAGAUAGACCUGGAGACUCACUCCUUGCCAGUUGUGGUGAUCUCCAAUAUCUGCCAGAUGCCCAAUGCCUGGGCAUCAAUCCUGUGGUAUAACAUGCUGACCAACAACCCCAAGAAUGUGAACUUCUUCACCAAGCCCCCAAUUGGAACCUGGGAUCAAGUGGCUGAGGUGCUGAGCUGGCAGUUCUCCUCCACCACGAAGCGAGGGCUGAGCAUCGAACAGCUGACCACACUGGCGGAGAAGCUCUUAGGACCUGGUGUGAACUACUCAGGCUGUCAGAUCACCUGGGCUAAAUUUUGCAAAGAAAACAUGGCUGGCAAGGGCUUCUCCUUUUGGGUCUGGCUGGACAAUAUCAUUGACCUUGUGAAAAAGUACAUCCUGGCCCUUUGGAAUGAAGGGUACAUCAUGGGCUUCAUCAGCAAGGAGCGGGAGAGGGCCAUCCUGAGCACCAAGCCCCCAGGCACCUUCCUGCUGAGAUUCAGCGAGAGCAGCAAAGAAGGAGGGGUCACUUUCACUUGGGUGGAGAAGGACAUCAGUGGCAAGACCCAGAUCCAGUCAGUGGAACCAUAUACCAAGCAGCAGCUAAACAACAUGUCAUUUGCUGAAAUCAUCAUGGGAUAUAAGAUCAUGGAUGCCACCAACAUCUUGGUGUCUCCGCUGGUUUAUCUCUACCCUGACAUUCCUAAGGAGGAGGCUUUUGGGAAGUAUUGUCGGCCGGAGAGCCAGGAGCACCCUGAAGCCGACCCAGGUAGUGCUGCCCCAUACCUGAAGACCAAGUUCAUCUGUGUAACACCAACGACCUGCAGCAAUACCAUUGACCUGCCGAUGUCCCCCCGCACUUUAGAUUCAUUGAUGCAGUUUGGAAAUAAUGGUGAAGGCGCUGAACCCUCGGCAGGAGGGCAGUUUGAGUCCCUCACGUUCGACAUGGAGCUGACCUCGGAGUGUGCUACCUCCCCCAUGUGAGGAGCUGAGAACGGAAGCCGCAGAGAAGGAGCUGAGGCGCCUGCUCGUGUUCCACCCCUUCAGCAGCCAAACCCCAGAACAUCUGAAACUCCUAACUUUGUGGUUCCAGAUUUUUUUUUAAUCUCGUUCUUAUGCUAUCUUUGAGCAAUCUGGGCACUUUUUUUCAAAAUAGACAAAUGAGUGAAUGUGGGUGAUGUGCUUUUGUGCAAAGAAGAAAGUAUUCUCUGAGCCCAUGAUGGGACUUGCGAGCGAGCGGAGGCCGGAGGGAGAAAAAGGAAACGUCUGUGUUCUCUUGUUCCCCUGCCCUCCUUUCUCUGCCGUCUGCUGUUUGUUGUUAGACAAGUGCCUCCUGGUGCCUGCAGCAUCCUUCUGCCCAUGUCUGUGAGCUGAUGCCUCAGGCUGCUGGAAGCUCUGGGCUUCUGGCAUUGCACUUUGAAACUUGCUAACAUCCAAAUAGAGGAUAGGACUAGCUAAGCCCCUAGGCUUCUUUUUAAAUUAAAAUAACAAUGAUGAUAAUAAUUAAAGGGCAAAACACACGGUAACUGCAUAGCCUUUCUGUAUGCAAGAGAACUCAGUUAACACCUCUUUGGUGCUUUAAGCAUUCAGCUGUCUUCAGGCUGAUAAUUUAUAUAGAUCUGAAAGGGCUUCAGGUCAGACCCUUACAAGACAUCUAAAGCUGUGGUUUGGCCUCUCUGGUUUGAACCUAGACAUCCCAGGCUCUUUUUGUAAACAGUUUUAUUUGUCCUGGAGUGUACUGGUCUGCUGGAGGGCAAGGCUGGACACUGAAAACCUUUGCUCCCUUUCUCCUGGACUCUGGCCCCUGUUUCGGGACCGGCUUGUCCUGUGGGUGCCUUACUGGGCCUAGGAUCAACCUGGCUUCCUUUCCCACCUGCCCCUGCUAAUGGUAUGUCUCCUUCCCAUGCCAAAGGGGCUCCUGUCCUGUUUACUUUUAGAAAUCUUGGUCUUGAGACCUCCUGUGAGGAGAGGGAAGGGUUUUCAGCUUGAAUGGGCCUCAGACCGCAGGGUCUCGGUGAAGUGUGUCACGAGCUCAGGGAGUAGGACAUUUGUGAUUGGUAGAGGCAUCUGCAGUCCUCCUUCACUUGCCAGUGUAGAAUCUCCAGGCUGCCCGUCCUGUGAGAGGUGCACUCCCAGCCUCUCCGGAGUGACUUUCUGCUCCCGCUGGGGAUGUAGGAGAGGCAGAACAAGCAGAGUGUCUGCUCCUGGUCCGGCCUUCAUGUCACCCGCCUGCUUCAGCCAUUCAGCUCACCUGCACACUUGCCAGUGGGCCAGGCAGGUCUCCUUUCACCCCGAGGCAUGGCUGGGUUUGAUGACUCAAGACCAUCUUCACCAAGAGUGUCUGUGGAAUUCUGUUUGCUCCUCCCAUAUUAGCUUGAGUCUGAGUUAAGGGACAAGGGCCACCGUGAGACACUUGUUGCUUUGAGGUGGUUAUUGGACCUCCCCUUUCUCCACAACACUUGAUUAUACAGUAAGCUGAACUCAUACACUGAAAGGGUAUUUAGAAAGGUGAACCUUGGGCUUACCAUUGGGUUUGAACCUAGGAAUCUGGCAUCAAGGGCUUGGGCUUCUCUGCAGCAGGUGUUGUAAAGUUCAUGGCUUUAAGAAGUCUGUGGGUCUGGGUUUAACCCAUAGUAGCAGCAGUUCUGAGGGGAGCUUUCUCUGCAGGGUCCCAGAGCUCUCGGAACCUUCCUGCUUGGCGCCCCUGCCCCUGCCCGUAGCCCAGCCGUGCCUGUAGCUUGCUUAGCCUCUCAGUGCGGUGGCUUGUACACUGCUGUCCUGGCCACUGCAUUCAAAUUUCAGUGUAUACUUCCUAGUGUAAAAAUUUAUAUUAUUGUGGGAUUUUUUUUUUUUUUGUAUAUUGCUGUAUCUACUUUAACUUCCAGAAAUAAAAGUUAUAUAGGAACAGUC